AUGACAUCAUCAGGAUUUAUUUUAUGCAUAUUAUUAAUUGCGCAAGGAGUUCAAGGAUGGUGGUAUCCGGGCAGUUAUGGUUAUGGUUAUGGUUAUGGUUAUCACGGUGCGCCCUUUUUUCAUCCUUAUGGCGGAUAUGCGCCAUAUAAUCCAGGCUAUCAUCAUCCGGCUUACCACAAUUACCACGUUAAUCAUGCGAUUUCUACGAAUCUGGGAGCAAGUGUUGGUGCCGCGCUUGGCUCAUUGGCUGCAAGUGUUGGUAAAAAGAAAUGA